GAGGGCUGUGUGUUGAUCUUUGUUGUGUUGCGGUAGGGGUGGUUGUGCAGGGCCAGAGGCCUGUGUGUUGAUCUGUGUUGUGUUGCAGGGAGUGUCGCUGUGCAGGGCCAGCGGGCUGUGUGUGUGUGUUUGUUGAUCUGUGUUGUGUUGCAAGGGGUGUUGUUAUGUAGGGCCAGCAGGCUGUGUGUAUGUGUGUUGAUCUGUGUUGUGUUGCGGGGAGUGUCGUUGUGCACUGUGCCCAUCUGCACAUUGUGCGCCUGACUCACACCCCCCUCGGCCCGCCCAGGCCCCCCUCCCGCGCAGGGGUGUGAUUGACUGUGGCGUGGCCGGUGUGUGCACAUCUCUUCACGCGGGCGUGUGGCAGGGAGCGUGUGGCUCGGCGUGCAACACCCCCCAACACACACACCCCCCCGGCCCGACCCCGGAUCUCCCCGUCUGGCCUGCUCCCCCUUUUCCCGCCUCGCACGCCAAUCCAUUCAACUAUUGCUUUGCUCUCAGUGGGGGCAAGGAAGGGACAGUCACAUGAACCCCCCACCCUGCCUCCCAGGUGGCUGGUGUGACAGGAUGGAUCAGGCGAAGUUUUUCUGGCCGAGAUCAGGAAGUGUUAAUGCCCGUGGACAAAGCCUUGUUUGUGGGAAGGUAACUCAUGCGCUGCGCCCCAGUUACAAUCUCUGACACACGCAUCACGUCCGCACCCCGAACCGGCCCGUGUCCACCAUGGAGCUGCAGAAGAUGGAGGAGCAGGAGGGGCUGGAGAUGUUAAACGGGUCUGUCCCGGAGUGUGACAAAGCUAGCGGCCUGGAGGAUGGGGACCCUGCGGUGGAGGUGACGGCGGCCGAGCAGGAGGGUUUCCUGCCCCACGCCACUGGCAAGAAGCUGAACCAGUUCACUGACUUCGAUGGGAAGACGUCGUUUGGGAUGUCGGUCUUUAAUCUCAGCAACGCCAUCAUGGGCAGCGGCAUCCUGGGCCUCGCCUACGCCAUGAGCAACACGGGCAUUGUGCUCUUCAUCGUGCUACUGAUCUGCAUCGCCAUGCUCUCCGCUUACUCCAUCCACCUGCUGCUGAAAUGUGCCGGCGUUGUAGGGAUCCGCGCCUAUGAACAGCUGGGUUACCGGGCAUUCGGCCCGGGCGGCAAGGUGGUGGCAGCGGUGGUCAUCUGUGUGCACAACACGGGAGCCAUGUCCAGUUACCUGUACAUUGUGAAAUAUGAGUUGCCUCUAGUGAUCCAGACGUUCCUGGGCCUGUCGGAGAACACGGAGAACUGGUACAUGAACGGCAACGUGCUAAUUAUCAUCGUCAGUGUCUGCAUCAUCCUGCCCCUGGCACUCAUGAAACAUCUCGGCUAUCUGGGGUACACCAGCGGGCUCUCGCUGACCUGCAUGGUCUUCUUCCUCAUCUCAGUGAUCUACAAGAAGUUCCAGAUCUCCUGCCCGCUGAACGGGACCGAGCCCGUGACCCCCCUCAUCUACUACAACGGGCAGAACGCCAGCGCCGCCAGCACCACUGGGGACGAGUGCACGGCCAAGACCUUCACCAUCAACUCCCAGACCGCGUACACCAUCCCCAUCUUGGCUUUCGCAUUCGUCUGUCACCCGGAGGUGCUGCCCAUCUACACAGAGCUGCGCAGGGCCUCAAAGCGGCGCAUGCAGAGUGUGGCGAACGUCUCCAUCCUGGCCAUGUUCUUCAUGUACCUGCUGACGGCCAUCUUCGGCUACCUCACCUUCUUCGGGAACGUCGAACCGGAAAUGCUGCACACGUACAGCAAGGUGGAUCCCCUGGACCGGCUCAUCCUUUGUGUCCGCCUGGCUGUGCUGAUGGCCGUCACGCUGACGGUACCCGUGGUGCUCUUCCCGAUCCGCAGAGCCAUCCAGCAGCUCCUCUUCCACGGGAAGGAUUUUAGCUGGGUUAGGCAUGUGAGCAUCGCUAUCUGCCUUCUGUUCGUGGUCAAUCUCCUGGUCAUCUUUGUCCCUAACAUCCGGGAUAUCUUUGGAGUCAUUGGAGCCACCUCCGCCCCCAGUCUCAUCUUUAUCCUCCCCAGCAUCUUCUACCUCCGCAUCGUUCCCAGAGAAAAAGAACCGCUGAGAUCCAGGCCAAAAAUCCAGGCUGCCUGUUUCGCUGCCCUCGGCUUCAUCUUCAUGGUGAUGAGUCUUGGCUUCAUUGUGGCUGACUGGGUGACGACCGGACGGAGCAGCGGUGGGGGGCACUGACCCCCCCCUCCGCUGACCCCCAGCACAGACACAUGGACCCCACUGGGCCAGCUCAGGGGGCCCAGCCGUCGCUGGGGCAAGAGCACCGCCACCUCCCAUUGGCCCUCGCUCCGCUGCAGCCGUGGCAACGCUGAGACCAGUGCUAGGGCCCGCCCAUUGGCCAACUGUUACCACGGCAACGCUACAGACCCUGGCAGUGACUGGUGUCUAUGGGAAUGGUGCCAAGGCCCUUCCAUCGACUGUUACCGUGGCAGUGCUACAGCUCCUAGUUUCCAUGGAAACGGUGCAAAGGCCCUUCCAUCGGCCACCUGUUACUGCGGCAACGCUACAGCUCCUGGCAGCGACCGGUGUCCAUGGGAACGGUGUCAAGGUCCUUCCAUCGGUCGACUGUUACCAUGGCAAUGCUACAGCUCCUGGCAGUGACUGGUUUACAUGGGAAUGGCACUAAGGCCCUCCUAUUUGCGCCAUGUAGUCAUGGCAGCCUCCCCUUUCCAUGGGGCAAAGGUCCUGACUGGGCCUUUGGUGCCAUGGCAACGGCAGGUUUCCCACGACUACUGAGUCCCCUGACUACAGCGCAACUGGGUUCUCCUUAGCUCCCUGUUCCCGUGGCAACAUGGCAGGUUCCCGGUUGAACACCAGGCCUUUGUUGCUGUGACAACAUUUUGGCCACUGCUGGAGUGGAUGGGUGGGGGGUACCCUAGCAACAGUUCCCUUCAGACAAUGCCUCCCACCUCUUUGGUUCCCAUGGCGACAGGAACACCACCUCUCCCCCACUUGUACUCAUUCCCUGGCGCCAGUCAAAGAGGGACUGUGAAUCCGACUGUGCCAGGGCGGGGGCCAGGUGGAUCCAUGACACUCUUAUUUAUUGCUCUUAUUUAAUUUGGAGCCGGCAGCCAGACCAAAGAGAGAUGCCGGGCUCACUGCUGGGGCCAGGAUCGUGACCCCCCCCCAGGAUU